AUGCAUAAAUUUUUCAAGGGCGAUUUUUUCAACUUUGAGUACCUUCGCCUGCUCGCUAUGGCCCCCCAUGAGGGGGCCGAGAUAGGCGAAGCUCUCGAGGCAGCGGGCAGGAUCCGCGAUGGUGACCCAGAAAGUUGGUAUAGUGCCUUCUUAGAUAUUGGCAACGUGGCUGAGCGGAUUGGUCGAGAGUGCGAAGAAGCGGGCGACCGGGCCGGCGCUCGGCGUGGUUACCUGCGGUCGUCAAACUACCUCCGCGCCGCUCAGUUCAUGCUGAAUGAUGGGCCAAUCGGUCAUGAUCCUCGUGUCCUGCCGACUAUUGAGCGCGCCAUAGCCAACUUCCGCAAGGGUAUUAAAUACCGCGACGGGGCCACUUUCUUCCUCGACAUCCCUUAUGAGAAGGGGGCCCAACUGCCAGGCUAUCUUUACAUGCCAGAAGCCUCCAAGCGGCUCCCCGGGCAGAAGGUGCCAGUCUUGAUCAACUCGGGCGGUGGCGACUCGACGCAGGAGGAAAUCUACUUUAUCAACGGCGCUUAUGGCCCUGAGGUGGGCUACGCGGUGCUCACUUUCGAAGGGCCAGGUCAAGGCAUCGUCCUCCGCCGUGACAAGCUCAUUAUGCGGCCAGACUGGGAAGCAGUAACGGGUAGGGUACUGGACCACCUACACGCCUUUGCCGCAGCACACCCUGAGCUCGACCUGGACUUGGACCACGUGGCGAUCGUGGGAGCAUCUAUGGGCGGCUACUUCGCUCUGCGCGGUGCUGCCGAUCCUCGCAUUGGUGCGGCCAUCUGCGUGGACAGUUUUUAUGAUCUGGGGAUGUAUGCAGGCGGGCGCAUGCCAGCUCCGUUGUUUAACGGCUUCAUGAGCGGCAGGAUUCCCGACUGGUUGUUUGAUGGCUUCCUGCGAGUCUUGCAGAGUCUCUCAUUUCAGGCGCGAUGGGAAUUCAACCACAUGCGCUGGGUCACCGGCGAAACCUCCGAAGCCGCUAUCAUGCGCGCCUGUCUACCAUUUACGCUGCAGAAGGCAGAUGGCACCGAAUACCUCGCCGAUGUUAAGUGUCCAACUCUGGUGACUGGUGCGGCCGCCAGUUGGUACUAUGACCCCACGACUACAACGGACAAACUCUAUGACUCGUUGCAGAGUCUUAAGCCCGAAGUUGAGAAGGAGAAGUGGGUAGCAAGCGAGAUAUCGCUUGGAGGGCUGCAAGCUAAGGUCGGGGCUUUCGCUUACUCCGCGCAGCGAACAUUCCAUUGGCUGGACAAGGUGUGGGAAAUCAAGCGAGAGGAAUUAGUCCAGUCGUAA